CCAGCACCUCCCAUUUCACUCACCUUCGCGAACAGCCUGGGUGCUGUGAUCUGUCGUAGUCUCAUUGACCUCCGUUCCCUCUCCCGCCGCCGCCCAAACCCAGUUCCUCCACCGAAAUUACGAGCCGUGUCCUCCGUUGCGCCCACUUACCGACCUCGCGAUGCCGACCUUCCAAUCCAGCCUUGCGACAGAGCGCGGGUGGGUAGACCCGCUCACGCUUCCCAAAUACGGCGAUGCCUCCGAAGUGGCUGGGAAUGCGCCAGAAGACGCAAAGCAGCUUACGCUCAACACCCUCGGCUCAUAUGGGGUGGGAGACAUAGACUGCUUCGCGUACGCGGUCGGGCGGCGGAUACGGAUUACCGAGAUGAACGUGGAAAGGAAGGGAGAUAAGACGGAGGUGGUCGUCAUUUCAGAGGUGCAGGUCACGAAAGAGAUGCUCAACGGGGCUGGGCUUGUGCAUGGGGGAUGUCUGUGUUAUCUCAUCGACAAUUGCGCCUCGUUUCCCCUCGUCGCCCUCGGUGUCCUACAAAACGCGAACGGCGUUGGGGUCACCCAAGCUAUCAACAUUUUCUUCCAUGCACCCGCAUCAUUGCAGACGUGCAUGAAAAUCACGAGCACGUCUGUGACCCUCAGCGGGCGCAUCAUGACCUCUCGGUGCGAGAUCGUAGACAAAGCCUCCGGACGGAUGAUUGCGUCCGCGCUGCUGGGGAAAAUGCAACCCAAAUUAUGACCUCAGCAGACCAAGCGACCGUCGCUACUUCUUCCGCCCUCCUUGCGCGUCAUCCUCCACGCAGAUCCUUCGCACACCGCGAGAUCAUGUGUGCACGGAUAUACCCCUUCGGUCCCGCCCACACACACGUGGCGAGAACGACGUUGCUUCUGUCGCUACCUGUCGGCCAUGUGUAUGUUUAGCUGUAUUCUUAGGGCUGUCAUGUUGCGGUACAGCCGCUCUGGCUGCGCUCUCGUUCCUGUCCACGCCCAUCUGGAACUACCUUGCCUACGUUUGGCACGCAUAGAAUCAUCUGUACCUUUACGCUGAACAGCGCAAUACUGGACUCCCAGCAAUGGCCAUUUCCUAACAAC